AUGGAUCCUCAACAACCUGGACAAGGCAGCACAAAAAUUUCAGUAUUCGGAUUAUCAUACAAAACUAACGUUAAUGACAUCUACAAGGCUUUUUCGAAAUUUGGAACUCUCGUUGAAUGUAAAUUAAUUUUAAAUGAAAAUAAUGAAUCAAGAGGGUUCGCAUUCCUAUCGUACAAAACCCAAAAAGAAGCCCAAUAUGCAAUUGACUGCACGAACGGAAAGCGAUUUGAUGGUGGAAUGUUAAAAAUUCAAUGGUCGCGUCCAAAAGACCAAGUUCAGCCAUCUACUAGCAACAGUUCAACUACACAUUCUAACACAAAAGAAAGAAAAGUUAAUUUUCAAUCGUUCCAAAAACAAAUUGAACAAGAAUUAACAACAACAUACAAACCACACAGAUACGAGAAAAAUAUGAAUUCGAAAGUAUGA